UCGAUUCUGUGUACUCUCUGAACCCUCCUUCCUCACUCCUAUUCUCUGUUGUUCAUUUUAAACUUGCCAGUAGUGCUUGUCACUUGCCCUCCUACCAUCUUGUGGGUCAGAAAAAAAUUUUGCAAAAUGAAGAUACAGUAUUUGAGGGCUGUGGUUAAAAUAACCAGCAGAUAACUAGACUUUUCUUACUCAGAAGUACAUUGUUUUUUAUCUGUUUGUUGCACAUUCAAUCCCUGACUGGAGCACGGGGUUUUUGUCAGUAGAAGGAAAGCCCUGUAGAUUCAGGGUUUUUUUGGUAGAUUUUUCAGUAACAAUACCCCUUUGUUCGUUUUGUCAUUUUCAGGCAUUUAUUUUUAGAACUUAAAAAAUUGCUCAAUAUCAGUUUCAAAAACCUGACUCCUAAACAAACUAGUGAUCAAAACAAUAAAGAAUGCCAUAUGGCUCCUACCAGUCUCGAUGCUGUUAUAUUUCUGAAGAAUAUAUUCUGUGUUAUUAAUAAUAUUCAAUGAAACACUCUCAGUGUGGGAAAAUAUUUACUGAAAUUGUCAUGAAAUAUACUUUUCAUAGCAUUCUAACCCAAUAUGUUCUAGUCAGAAUACCGGGAGUGUAUCUGUUGGAUUAAUCCUUGCACACAAUAUGCUAGAAGAAGAUGGAUGCUGAGGCUGAUAUAAAUUAUUGAGGGGGGAAGAAUAUGCAGCAACUGAAGUAUUUAAAGAUUAACAGUAUAAUAAUUUGUAAUAUACCCACUAUUCAUAUGGCAUGCGAAAUUUAAGUUCCACUUCAGUAGAAAAGGGAAACUAAAUAUAAAAAGAUUGAAUGCUAAUUGGUCUGAAAGCCUUUGGUAUAAUUUAUAUGAAACCACAUGGGUCAGAGCUCAUAUAUAGGAAUAAGGAAUAUGACUGUGUUGUUUUAAAUCAGGAUAAUUUCAAGUCAUACGCUUGCAAAGAAUAUGUCCUAAAUUGUUUGUCCUAAAGUAUCCACAUGGUUAAAAUGUGAGUUCUAUCUUGUCAUGAUAGGAGAGGGAACAGGGAGGAAAUCUGUUCUUCAAAAUUAAAUGCUGUCAAGCUCUGAUGUAGCUAGUAAGCAAGUUGCUGCAAACAGAUGAGUAUAUACUGAAAGCUCAGUUACAUCCCCUUGACAGAAGUGGGGCCCUGUGCAAGUUCUGGAGUCUUUGUUGUCAAAGCAAGGCGAGGCAUGAAGAAAAUAAGAGCACUGAUCUAAUUUUCUCAUUAGAAGGGCUUGUCUUCUGGAUGUAGAAAUGAGCAAAUAACCCACAGUCCUUCCAGCAGUCAGGUGGAUGUGGCUGGCUGAACUAAAAAUUGCAGGAGCUCACUAGACAGCUGCUGGUUUUUGGUUCAUGUGGCUUUUGAUGGUAGCAGGGUAGCCCUCAUUCCUUGAGAGUCCACCAGGCACUGGAUGCUGUGGUGAACCAUGGCAGCUGAUGAUAAGGUUGCCAUUCUAACCGAUGAUGAAGAAGAACAGAAGAGAAAGUAUGUGCUUGCUGAUCCUUUUAAUGGCAUUUCCAAGGAUCAAGACUUGCCACCCAAUAAUGAAUCCCCUUCGACGGAGACAACCACUGUCCCAGAAGAAGAGCUGGAUUGGUUAGAAAAGCACUGUGUCAAAAUAAACAACGAUCUCCUGAUCUCAAAGGUCUUUUAUUUUUUCUUCUAUUCUGCAUAUGGCUCUCUCUACCCCUUGCUGCCCGUGUAUUACAAGCAGCUGGGUAUGUCACCCAGCCAGAGUGGGCUUCUGGUGGGCAUCAGGUACUUUAUUGAGUUCUGCAGUGCUCCCUUCUGGGGAGUGGUGGCAGAUCGCUUCAAGAAAGGCAAGAUCGUCCUCUUGUUCUCGCUUUUGUGCUGGGUUUUAUUUAACCUGGGGAUUGGGUUUGUGAGACCAGCCACCUUAAGGUGUGUACCAAAGGGCCUUCCCCCAGCACACCCCACCAACGCAAGCAGCCUUUUGACAACAGUUUCCCAAAACACCUCGGUGUCCUCUCCGCUAACAACAGCGAGUGCUGCAUCCCCGAACGUUCGCAGGAAGAGAGACCUGCUCACUUCCAGUCCAGUCACUUUGGAAACAACAGGGACAGCUAAUCCUGAAAUAACAUUCCUGUCACCUACACAGAGCAGCAAUGUGGAUUUUAUCUUGGAAAACAGUACCCAUUUGAUUUUGAAAAACACCACCACUAGCCCAGCCUCACCAGGGAACGCAACUCCGAGCACCAGCCCAGCUGCCAUCACCACAAAGCCAGCGCCUUCUGACCAAGCUGUGCUCGUUUAUGAUCAACAAGAAGUAGAGGCCAUCUUCCUACUCAUUCUGCUGGUUGUCAUAAUAGGAGAAUUUUUCAGUGCUUCCUCUGUUACUAUUGUGGACACCAUAACUCUGCAGUACCUUGGCAAACACAGGGACCGGUAUGGAUUGCAGCGUAUGUGGGGGUCUCUGGGCUGGGGGCUGGCCAUGCUCUCCGUGGGAAUUGGCAUUGACUAUACCCAUACAGAAGUUAGCAUUGAAGGUCAAGGAUGUAAAGCUCCUGAGUACAAGAACUACAGGAUUGUCUUCAUUGUUUUUGGUGUCCUGAUGACAAUGGCGUUAAUUGUGGCCACCCAGUUCCGGUUUCAUUACGCGCACUUCAAGCAAGAUGAAAAUAAGAGAAAAGAGGUAGAAAUCUCACAGGUAGACAGAAAUGCCUCCAACGAAUCCUCGGAUAACACUCCUACCAGUGUGAGCCAGUCGCAGUCUUUCAGUUUUUGGGACCUAAUAAAACUGCUGUGUAGUAUCCAGUAUGGCUCCGUGCUCUUCGUGGCAUGGUUCAUGGGGUUUGGAUAUGGCUUUGUGUUCACCUUUCUGUACUGGCACUUGGAAGACCUGAAUGGCACCACCACUCUCUUUGGAGUUUGUUCUGUGCUCAGUCACGUGUCUGAGCUCACUGCCUACUUCUUCAGCCACAAGCUCAUUGAACUGGUUGGUCACAUCAGAGUGCUUUACAUUGGUCUUGCCUGUAAUACAGCACGAUAUAUCUACAUCUCCUAUCUGGAAAAUGCCUGGACUGUUCUUCCGAUGGAAGUACUUCAAGGUGUCACACACGCAGCUAUAUGGGCAGCUUGUAUCUCGUACCUCAGCGCGGCUGUGCCUCCAGAGCUGAGGACAUCGGCCCAGGGAAUCCUGCAGGGUCUCCACUUGGGUCUGGGUAGAGGAUGUGGAGCCAUGGUUGGAGGAGUUUUGGUCAAUUACUUUGGUCCUGCUGCCACAUUCAGAGGAAUAGGGAUGGCUUGUUUAGUGAUUCUGCUUCUGUUUGCCCUGAUCCAGUGGCUGUUGGUUCCUGAUGAAGAAGAAGAAAAGACAAUGCUGGCAGAAAGGAUCCCAGUGCCUUCCAGUCCUGUUCCCAUAGCAACUAUUGACCUUGUACAACAGCAGUCGGAAGAUAUCAUGCCUCGGACUGAGUCCAGACUCCCUCUAAAGAAAACUAAACACCAAGAAGAGCAGGAGGAUGUGAACAAGCCUGCCUGGGGCAUCAGCUCUUCUCCAUGGGUCACCUUAGCUUAUGCUGUCUACCAGAUAAAAGAGAUGGUUAAACUAUCCAAAACCAAUCCAGCUCCUGAGAAUCAGCCUUUGCAGAAAAUCAGUGAGAAUUGCAGUGCUUCAUCAGCCAGCUCAGCAAGACAACCCCAAAAUCCGACAGAUUCUGGGCAGUCCGGAAAUUGUUCAGCACCAACACCUACAGCAACAUCAGAUUCCCAAGUAGAUGGCAGCCGUGUUGUGUCGGAUCAUGAUGCUCAGCCUGCUGCUGCAGGGCCCUGAGAUGCACUCAUCUUAUCAAAUCCAGUGCAUGGAAUUCUGCUUCUCACCUGGGAAACGCUGGAGUAGGAGCUCAAAAGUAGGACUUCCUUCAUCUUAACAAUCAUAAUGUGAUGCAGUGCAAGCUUUUAACUAUAUAAAGAAUAUUCAUAUGACUACACAGAGCAACAUGGAGCAGGGAAGCCAAAAGUUCGGAAUUCUUGAGGGAAGUGACGUUGGCCAGAUAGAAUGGUAGGAAGAAUUCUUGGCUGCUUUGCUAAAGCUGAGUCAAGUGCUAUGAGAUUCCUUUGCAAUCUGUAGAAAAAAAGGAGUUCACUCCUCACUUGCUGAGGCACAGAGUGUCUGACUUGAUUGGAUGAUUUUCUUCUUUGAAUUUAUUCCCAAAUAAAAAUUAAGAGACAAAUUUUUAAGAGAGAAACUGAGUUUCCCUGAAUAGUCUACUAGAAAAUGCCAGAUCCAGUAAUUAUAGAAGUGUCACAAAACUGUUUUUGUAAAGAUUUCUCAGAAACAGAGUAGGUUUAGGAAGCGUAUCUUAAUGUUACCGUGACGGAUUAAGUAAACCACACACAUAUUCAAAGAAUAUGUUUUUGAAGCUGAAUUUCUCUUGUUUGAGAUAAAGGUUUAGUUCUGCAAAGCAAAGGUUUUGAACUGGCAUUUUAGCGAAACACAAAAGCUGGAGGAAGGCUUCUGAAGUUACUCUCAGCACUUGCAGCCGUGCAGUUGGGCAUAGGUUGUGGUGUGUUUGGGCAAUUUUAGGUUUGAUGUUGUAUUGAGACAAGAAUCUUUGGUCAAGAUUGCACAGCCUGAGAUUGAUCAGGGGUUUUGAUGGACAUGCAGUCUUCUUGGGUUUUUAUUUCAUCAUCUAUACAAGGGUUUAUUUAAUGCAGUGUAGUUACUAUGGUUAUUUAUUAAGAAAACAGUAAGCUUUAAGUGCCUAGGGAAGGUGGGGGGAUGGUAGGGAGGAAUCACCUUAAAAUCUUAAUGUUUAGAAUUAUAGGGGCAAAGUAGUUGAUGCAGAAAUCAAGUAGAGUGAGUCUCAGGAGGAAGCAAAUGUAACUCAAUUGCAGUAUGUUUAGGAAGUUACUUUGCCCAAUGUCAAGACACUGGAGGACUUUGGAUUAUGUUUUGUUAUGCUUCUCAAUACUAACUGCAGCCAGCUUGCGUGCUGCUGCAUGGUGAACAUUGCUGCUGGAGGGAAAUCCUCGGGCUCAGGGAGGAGUCAGGAGGGGUUUAGUCAGGAUAGUGUUUUGGCCCAUUUUCUUAGAUUAACAGCUUGUUCCUGGGGGAUUCUGAGCACUCAGCUCCCAAAGGACCGAGGGAGCCCUGCUCAGCUGCCCUCCUUGCGUGAGGUGUCAGGCCUUCUGUGAGGAAGGUGUGUGCUGUGGGAGUGUGCAGUGAGCCAGAGGCAAGGCCAGCAGACCAGGGGUAGGGAGAGGAAGAUGGCAGCAGCUGAGCAGGAAAGGGGGUGCACAGGUUCACCCACUCUUGACAUCUGGUGAGCUUGACUGAAGGGGUGUCCCGUAGCUGUGCUUUAGCUGUGCUUUUAGAACAACCCACGUUCUGGCAGUGCCUGGGACCAACACCACAGACAAUAAAAAGAAACAUCAAUGACUAGCCACUAGUUACUUUUUUUGCACUUGAACCUAAAUGUACUGUACUCACAUAAAUCCUCAUGACUUGUCUAAGUGUCCUUUAAAAUAAGAAAUGUAUUUAUUUUAUGUUUGUAUAAGUUGGGGGAGAACUAAAGACUGAACAGGUGACAGGACAGAAGGAUGCUAAAAAUCAUCUUGAGGCUAACCAACCAUUUGAGUUCAUGCUGUACGGUGUUACCUCAGCUGCUACUGCAUAGCACCUGGAUUGUGAAGUGAAGAGCUUGUACACUGUGUUUACACUUCAGAAUUGUGUAUUUGAAAUGCCUGCUCUUUUUGGAAUUGUAUAGUCAUUCUAUGUUGCAAAAUGGACAUGUACAUCUGGAUUUUGAUAUUUGUGGAACUCUAAAAACUGUGGUAAGAAAUAUAAAAUAUCCAUAACGUAUUUAACAGUA